UUGAUGGGCUCUCAGAGUUUAAGGCCAAGCUCUGCAGACCUCCCAAGCUCUACAGAAAUGACUAGAUAGCACCCCAGUAAAACUAGUGCUAAUGCAAUUGAGCUGUACCAGUCAGCUCAUUCUAGGAAACAGGAGGGAAGUUUGGGACCCAACUUUAAUAGCCAGUUACAUUUGUUGGAACAAAACCCCAGUGGAUCCCUUCAUGGUGGAUGUUCAGCAAACACUGCCCCCUCCCCCCAAACAGCACUGCUCCCCCCAAACGUCCACAGGAAGCUGGCAAUCACAGCUGCAGAGCAGACCCGGCCCGGUUCCCCCGGCUAAUCAACAUGCAGACAGGAAGAUUCUGCUUCUGGUGUUAGCUCAACCAAAGCAGCAAAUAAUAAUCCCUCUGCCUCAAAGCAGGAGAGCAGCUAAAAGGCUAUGCUAAUGAAAGCCCCAUCCCAGCCCACAAGUCUUUGCUCAACAGCAAAAACAAAGGAACAAAAAAACCCAGCAAGACCUUCCGAGCAGAAGAACCAACCACGGCAGGAAAAGGCACAAGGUGCCAGACACGAUACAACUGAGAUUCAAGCCAAGAGCAAAUCCAAGCUGGGACCACGCUGGCCUGCUCCCGAGCCCGACCCAGAAGGCUCAUGGCAGCUAGUACCAUGCCCCCGUCAUGGCAGACUCUCCCAAAGAGAAGCCGUGACCACAGACUGGACGCGGGACAUUGAGCGGCACAAGGCAGGCCAAACCCAGACAAUGCGCCCAAGGGCUGGAGACAGAGUGAAAAACCUGCUUACUCCAGUGUCCCACAUGGGGAGGGAGGGCAGGAAAAAGAUUGCAUCAGCUUCUCAGACGAGUGCAGACUUUUCAGCCAACAAUGAAGCCAAAGUGCCCCUGGUGAAAGGAGUGAGACAGCAUCCACGGUCUCAUGCUACGGUCCAGCCUUCCACUGGAUCAGGCCUGGACUGCAAUGACAUAUGGACACUGGGCACCCGUGGGAAAGAACCAAGAACACUGGCAGAAGGCGCCUGCCGUGAUGAAGUAUUGGAGCCCUCCAGAGUGGAGACUUAG